ACAACUUCCUGAUUGAACCUGAAACGCUGUUCAACUGUUGACGACCGAACGCUUCGUAAACAGCUGAAAAUCCAAUGAGUAGGAGCUUAGAUACUGAUAUUUCACAUGAGCGCACACGUUUUAUUUCAAAAUGUAUUUUCACUUUUUAAAAAACAGCAGCAACUAAACCUUCUUCUGCAGAUUUAGACUCAGCAUAAUGGGACCAAACUUGGUUGUGCCAGUGUUUUGAAACCUUUAUGGUUGCAGGAAUGAACUCUUCUCACCAUCGAAGGAAUCCUCACAGGACCCGUCGCACCAUUUUGGAAGUUCCUUCAGAACUUAACAAACCUGUUUCAGGUGACAAAGCUUCCAUCUUGCAUAUUAAAGGAACCACAGUGUCUCAAGAACUGAAUUCUGCAGAAUCACAUGGACGGAGAACAACCAAGAAGGAGAAACUUCAAGCAACAAACCAAAAUGCUCUUCCUGACUUGUCAGCUUGUUUACAGAAAUCAGCACAUCAACUAAAUGGACUGGUGUCUUCAAAGUCACAUGAACUUGAGCCGAUGGUGCCUCAAAAAAUUACCACCCCCAAAUGUCCAUCAGAGACAUCAAAAAUAUCUCACAAGGGAAGAAAAAAGAAGGUCAUUCAACCCAGUGAGAAAGAAGUAGCUGCUAGCAUAGCUUGUUCAGACAGACUGGACCAUUCUGAACACAAUUCUUGCACAGAACAACACUUGCACUCUCAAAAAACAAAAGGGACACUUUAUCGGCACUCAAAAAAAACUCAAAACAAUCAGACCCCCUCUGAUGUUUCUACAGGGCUUCACACAUGUACUACAUCUCCUCUUCAUCUCACGGAGCUCUCCUCCUGCCACACUAACGGUGAUUGUAGCUCUAUACCACGCACCCCGAAACGGGGCAGGCCCCGGACCAGGCCUCUCUUCAGCUCCACACCGACCUCAGACUUCCAACCCCUAUCUCCAAAAAGAGCUAAGAAUAGUUGCACACAACAUAAUCAUCAGAAUGCCAAAGAGUCCAGUCAAGUAAAGACGCCUCCUACAGACGUUACACCAUCUAGACAUCGGAGGCUCAAGGCAGUAGGGAGGCCAAGAGGACGCAAGAAAAAGAUUAUGGAGGAACAACCAAUUGCCUCUCCAUCAGUGAAACAAUGCAGGAGGAGUGCAACAUCUGAUCUAGAAUCUCCUCAGAUAGAGCCAGCUGUUGAGACGCCACUUCUAAAUGAAGCUCAUGUUGAAACCCAGAUGCCCGAGCCUCCUACAGACGUUACACCAUCUAAACCUCGGAGGCUCAAGGCAGUAGGGAGGCCAAGAGGUCGCAAGAAAAAGAUCGUGGAGGAACAACCAAUUGCCUCUCCAUCAGUGAAACAAUGCAGGAGGAGUGCAACAUCUGAUCUAGAAUCUCCUCAGAUAGAGCCAGCUGUUGAGACGCCACUUCUAAAUGAAGCUCAUGUUGAAACCCAGAUGCCCGAGCCUCCUACAGACGUUACACCAUCUAAACCUCGGAGGCUCAAGGCAGUAGGGAGGCCAAGAGGUCGCAAGAAAAAGAUCAUGGAGGAACAAUCAAUUGCCUCUCCAUCAGUGAAACAAUGCAGGAGGAGUGCAACAUCUGAUCUAGAAUCUCCUCAGGAAGAGCCAGCUGUUGAGACGCCACUUCUAAAUGAAGCUCAUGUUGAAACCCAGAUGCCCGAGCCUCCUACAGACGUUACACCAUCUAAACCUCGGAGGCUCAAGGCAGUAGGGAGGCCAAGAGGACGAAGAAAAAGAUCGUGGAGGAACAACCAAUUGCCUCUCCAUCAGUGAAACAAUGCAGGAGGAGUGCAACAUCUGAUCUAGAAUCUCCUCAGAUAGAGCCAGCUGUUGAGACGCCACUUCUAAAUGAAGCUCAUGUUGAAACCCAGAUGCCCGAGCCUCCUACAGACGUUACACCAUCUAAACCUCGGAGGCUCAAGGCAGUAGGGAGGCCAAGAGGUCGCAAGAAAAAGAUCAUGGAGGAACAAUCAAUUGCCUCUCCAUCAGUGAAACAAUGCAGGAGGAGUGCAACAUCUGAUCUAGAAUCUCCUCAGGAAGAGCCAGCUGUUGAGACGCCACUUCUAAAUGAAGCUCAUGUUGAAACCCAGAUGCCCGAGCCUCCUACAGACGUUACACCAUCUAAACCUCGGAGGCUCAAGGCAGUAGGGAGGCCAAGAGGACGAAGAAAAAGAUUAUGGAGGAACAACCAAUUGCCUCUCCAUCAGUGAAACAACGCAGGAGGAGUGCAACAUCUGAUCUAGAAUCUCCUCAGGAAGAGCCAGCUGUUGAGACGCCACUUCUAAAUGAAGCUCAUGUUGAAACCCAGAUGCCCGAGCCUCCUACAGACGUUACACCAUCUAGACAUCGGAGGCUCAAGGCAGUAGGGAGGCCAAGAGGACGCAAGAAAAAGAUUAUGGAGGAACAACCAAUUGCCUCUCCAUCAGUGAAACAAUGCAGGAGGAGUGCAACAUCUGAUCUAGAAUCUCCUCAGAUAGAGCCAGCUGUUGAGACGCCACUUCUAAAUGAAGCUCAUGUUGAAACCCAGAUGCCCGAGCCUCCUACAGACGUUACACCAUCUAAACCUCGGAGGCUCAAGGCAGUAGGGAGGCCAAGAGGACGCAAGAAAAAGAUUAUGGAGGAACAACCAAUUGCCUCUCCAUCAGUGAAACAACGCAGGAGGAGUGCAACAUCUGAUCUAGAAUCUCCUCAGGAAGAGCCAGCUGUUGAGACGCUGCCUCCAAAUAAAGCUUACGUUCAAACCCAGAUGCCAGAGCCACAGGAAUCAGAUCAAAACAUGUCCUCUGACCUCUCCAUCGAGCUGAGCCUGCAAGAGAAGCCUCAUCCUCUUAACAACUCUCUCUUCAUGGAGGAGGAAGAGGACCUAGACGACGAUGAGGAGCUGCCCAGCUUUUUGCAACAGGACAAUAAAAAGCCUUUGUCAAUCUCAAAGGGACUUUGUGUGUGGUGCAAACUGAGGAAAUAUCCCUACUGGCCUGCAGUGUUGAUGACAAGUUGUUCAUCCAUGGCACAGGUUAAAAGUGUGAAUCGCAAGAACAAAAAAGCCAGCAUUGUAUUUAUUGAUUGUUACCUAAUCGACCAGAAGAGAAUUAGAAAAGGGUUUUCUGUUUCCUUGCGAACCUUAAAACCUUUUGAUUGUGAAGAAUGCGAACAUUUGGUGGACAUUGCAAAAGAAAAGUAUGGCAAUGCUAUUACCUGGUCUCUGGAACUGAUCUCAGACUACAGGAUCCGCAUUGGAUGUGGAUCAUUCUCUGGCUCCUUCAUCGAAUACUGUGCUGCUGACAUCAGUUGUCCGGUGCGGAGGAAGUACUCCGAGGGGAAAUCUGUGCUGACCUUCCCCAGUCAGGAGAUUCUGGGCGAGCAGUGUGACAGCUCUGAUAAUAGCAUGGAGGACAUCGUCGUGGAAGAGCAAGAUGAGCUUCUCUCCAAGAAAGUGCUGCCUGACCGAUCCAAGGCUGCACGCAACCGUGCCAACAAACAGUUGGUUGACUUCAUCAUCAGACGAAAAGUCGAAAGCCGCUUAUUGGCAAUCAUUAGCGGUCAUGAGUCCUCUAAAUGGAUGCAAGCCCUCCAGAAGCCUUCUCGCCCAGUGGUUGAUGUCUACCUGGAAGAUGAGGAGCAGGUUGAUAAGGUGUACCGCUACCUGAGCAAAGUCUGUGAUAGUGCCCCUCAAAUAAACACCUGUCUAGAAAACAUCCAGGCCGACCGGAUCCGCCUUAUUCUUGAUGUGCUUCUGCCUGAGGCCAUAAUCUAUGCCAUUGCUGGAGUCCACAAGCUUUCCCUGGAGAAGGCAGAGGAAAAGUAUCGCAGAGGGCCGUGCUUUAGUAACAGAGAAAGACAGGAGUUUGACAUGAUGAUUGAACAGCAGAUGAAGCUCAAGGAAAUCCCCCGGCUUCAUAGGCAGUGACGGCCCUCUAUUUUAAAAAUAAAUUACCUUUUAUGAAUUCUGUUCAUAUUUUUAUGAAUAGGAAUAUUUUCUUCAAUAUAUUUUCUUUCUAAUCAUAGUAUAUAAGAAAAUUAAUUGAAUGAUGGUUGAAUUGAAAGAUUUUUCAUGUCAAAAAAGAUUUUGCUGUUGAUUGUAAAGUAAUCUGAUAUUAAAUGUUUAUUAUCAAAUCUCUGAGACGUUAUGAGCUGAAUGGUGUAUCUAUGAUGCUAAAGUCAGCAAAAUAUGGUGCUUUUAAUGUGUGCAGUGUAUAAUAACUAAGUAAAUGCCUUGUGCUAAUACAUAAAUACAUAAUUUAAAAAUAAUGUACUAUUGCUCAGAUUAACUAAAACGUGGUUGCUACUUGCUUUGAAAAUGCUUAAGUGUGUGCUUGGGUGUUUGUAACUAACUGAACCCUGUCAAGCUGCAUUUACAAUCCACACGGCUGAUGUCUCUAAAAAGUGUUGCCUUUUUAGCCACACCACAAUUCACAGUAAUUUUCUGUUUAUGGAAGCUUUUUCCACACCGAUGUAAGAAAAGAUGCCAAAGUUGUUGCAUUUUACUGCAACUGAAUUCUGGUCUAAUGUACAUACAAAUUUUAUUCAGGACAUUGCAAUUGAUGUUUAUCAAUAAAUCUUUAUUUUUCAACACA